AGUCUGGGUAUUCUGGCUUCCAUACCUGCCGGCAUGCUGAUACUCUCGUUGCUCGGCUUGCUGCUGUAUCUGCUGACGCGCUGCUGCGAUCGCAAGCAGCGCAAGCCGAGCGCCCAGCGCUGCCAGAGCUGUUCGCUGGUCAUCAUAACGCUGAUGACCUGUGCGGCCAUUGGACUAGGUUUAUAUGGCAACGACGAUUUCCACAAUGGUCUGCUGCAGGCCUUCAGCUCCGGCAGGAAGGUGGAGAGUCUUGUGCUCAAUCUUAAACAAGAGACUGAAACCAUAAAGCGUGAUCUCGAAACGAAAAUGGCAUCGCACAAGGUGCAGGACAUGGUGGAGAAGCCCCAGUACAAUCAGACCGCAGUUAUGCUGCUCAUUGAGACGUCGCGUCUGGUGCGGGAGAAUACGUCGCGCGCGGUCACCUCGCUGGACAACAUGGUGCUCUAUUUCAUGAAGACUAAGGGCAGCGAGAACGAGACCUCGCUGAUGGGCAUUCUCCAUCUGGGCGAUCUAUAUGAAUCGAUACGAUGGCCAGCCACAUUGGCCUUCCUCACCCUGCUGCUGUUCCUGUGCACAGUCCUGGUCAUCGGGGUCGCCCGUCGCUCGCGCUGCACGCUGAUCUUCUUCAGUGUCUCGGGCCUGUUCUGCAUCAUCAUCUGCUGGCUGCUGGCCGGCAUCUAUUUGGCCUCCAGCGUGGCAGCCGGCGACUUUUGCAUGCGUCCCCAUGAGUACAUGUGCCGCCAGGUGGGCAUGCGCAGUCCGUAUGUUUAUUUCCUUAACUGUGGCACAUUGCGCAAUCGCUUCAUAUUGCGCCUCAACGAGUCCCGCGAUUUGGUGGAACGUGCUCGCGAGAGCGUUGAAAUGAUGCAACGCAUGAGCCAGGACACGUAUCCGCGCAUUGACAUUCAACGCACACUGAACGCCAUGGACAACGACCUGGAGGAGACGAAACGCAAUCUGACCAAUCUGUCCGCCACACUGGACAGACGGGCCAUCGAUCGACACUAUGCAGAGGCGCUGCACGGCCUCUGCGGCGGCGGCCUGCUCGGCCUCAGUCUGAUGAUGGUCGCCGGCCUGCUGACCGCCUUUCUGCUAACCAUACUGGUCUACGCGGACUCGCACGCCUGGAUCUACCUGAGCAAGAGGCCCACCAUGGAUGGCGAUAAGUCGGAGACGGCGCCGCUGUUCUCAGCGUCGAAUGCGCCGAGUGCCAGCAUUUCGCCGACGGCGCCGAUGAGCACCGGCACCAUAAAUCGCACACUGCUGCACCAUCAGCAGGCGCACGGUGUGCCGAUGGGCGGCAGUGUGGCCGGCGGCGCUGGGGGAGCUGGGGGACACACGGGCACGCUGCCCAGCGGCGGCAGCUUGGCUGGCGGCAAUGGCGUCGGCCCGUACAGGAAUGGCACGGCGGGACUGCGACAAGGAUCGGGCCACCACACGCUCGGCCGGCUGCCGUCGCACCACCAACAGUCGGCGUCGUAUCUGCCCGGCCCCAACAACGGCAAAUAUGCGACGCUCAGCAAGCAGUGUAAGACGCUCGAAUCGAACGACUUCUACUGAGAUUCGCUUGCCUGCAGCACGUAUGCAGGCAAUAGCAACAACACGCAGCACAGCAGCAACAUCAGCCAGCAGCAACAGCAACAGCAGCAGCAACAGCAGCAGCAGCAGCACCACCACCAUCACAGCAGCAGCAACACAUUGAAGAACAUAUUCGCAUCGGCGACGCUGCCCCGCUCCACGGGCAGCUCCAUACGCUCCGUGCUGUCCGCACAGACGGCCAAUGCCAUCUGCAAGUCGACUGGCAAUGGCCUGGACGCUGACGUCCUGGUCGACGAUCGCGAUCCCCGUGACGUCACCAACAACAGCUUCAAUCGCUUCGAUCCCAAGUACAUCAGCAUCGGGCCCAAGGCGGUGCGCGGCAACAACAAUCUGAACAUUGUGGCCGCCGCCACGGCCAACAAGUGCGCCACGCUGCGCCACGUGGGCCGCUAUGGCGGCUCGCUCAAGGGCGCCUCGCCGUCGCCCAAUCUGCGCAGCGCCAAGACGCCGUCGAUAGCCACAGUGUCGAAGGACUACUGCCAGCAGGCGGACUGCAUGCCGCAGGUCUAUGGGGGCGGCUCCACGGACAUGUUGGUGCCGAAUGCAACUCAGCAGCAGCAGCAGCAGCAGCAACAGCAACAGCAGCAGCAGCAGCAGCAGCAGCAGCAAUUGCAGCCACAGCCCGCGCCACCGCCGCCACCCAAGCCAAAGAUAGUCAACACCUUUACGGAAAUACCCGGCACCACGGGCGUGGGCAGCUCCUAUGCCAAGGAGCAGCAGCAGUUGCUGGCGCUGCAGCAGCAGCAACAGCAGCAGUUGCUAGCGCUACAACAGCUACAGCAG